GGGCACAAUCCAGCUGCCCUGGGACAGCCCUGCUUAAGCAGGGAGGUUGGACCAGAUGACCCACUGUGGUCCCUUCCAACCCUAACCAUUCUGUGAAAGAAGAAAACCUGCUCGCUGCAGGUGACCCUUUAGCAUCUGCGAGACUGCCCACGCUUCCCUAGAUGUCCGCACGAUCCUGGCUCUUUGCUUACCAGCUGUAGGAAGUCUCUCAGCUUUCAGGGACGCUCCUGUUUGAGGCAGCUCGUUCGGAGCCCACCUGAGCUCCUGGGAAGCGCACCAACUCCUCGGGCCGAGCCGAUUCCUCGCAGCCCCCGCGCUUCCCAGGGUCUAACCCGACUUCAGCGCCUCCCGAGCCCCCGGGAAGGGGUGUUAUGGUCCGUGAGAGCUCCGGGAGCCCGGCCCUCAGCGCCGCCCGGCCCCGUCGCCAUGGUGAGGCCGCGGCGUCCCGUGAAGGGCCGGGCCGGGCCGGCGGAGAGAGCUCGUCCUGCGGCCUCACCAUGAGCCCAGUGCAAAUGAAGGUGUUGCCUCAAGCAGUCCUCCAAAGCCCAGGGGAGCAUCCCAAGUUCAUGGAGCAGCCUCUUUGCCCCCCAUUAGAGUUUGCAAGGAUUCAUUUGAUCAAAGACAAAGAUGCCAUAGAUGAUUAUUUGGCGAAGAAUAUCAAAGGGGUGUCAGCACAAGAAGCCGCAGCUUACAGGAAUUCAUACAAGAAGAACAUCUGCAUAGACAUGCUGCGCCGGGGUUAUCACAAGUCCUUCUCUGAGCUCCUCACUCUGAUCCAGAAGUGGAAUGCCUUCAGGGAGGCUGCAGGGCCUGGGUCAGCCAUAUGGCAUGAGAAGUCCCUGGAGGAGCAGCCUGAUAAGCUGGAUCAGCUUUCCCACUUCCUGACCGGGGCUGAGGCAGCCCGGCGAGCAGGGCACUAUGAGAAGGUGUAUGAUAACCAGCUUAGCUUGGCCUGCUUUUUCAAUGACCCUGAGGACAAAUGGUUGAGUAACUACUUCUAUGAGCAAAGCUAUCACACAGCUCAAUUAGUAGAAAUUGAUGGUGGGAAGAGAAAGGCACAAGGAUAUCUAACCAUGGGCCUCCUUGAAGAGGAAGAAGGUCAUGUCACGAAAGCUGCUAAGCAUUUUGAAACCUUUUAUGAGCUAACAGAGGGCACAUCCUGGGAGGAUGAGACAGGCCGCACUUACACUUCACUGGCAUGUCAGCAUCUCUGGAGAAUUUAUACAUUGCUAGCAGACAAAAUGCUGGAAAAUAAACAACACCAAGAGGCCAUCAAAAUGCUAAUAAAAGCUUUAAAGAUGGCCAAAGAAGGAGGUGAUAUAAAGAUGCAUGGAGAAGCAGUCUAUUGCUUAAGUCUGGCAUAUCAUUUUUCUGGAGAAAAUGAUACAGCAUUAGCAGUUUUAAACACCUCUGUAGAAAUCUUCACAAGCCUUUGUGAUUCUGCUGGCCUGGGCAGAGCAUAUGCAGCUGUAGCCAAGAUCCUGGCAAGUCAGAGAAAAUCAAGUGAGGCUGUGAAGUACUUGGGAGAGUUUAUGAAGGAUGCUGAGAGUGCUAAUCUAGGCCAAAGCCUGGUGGAUGCAAAUGUCCUACUUGGAAAAGUUCACAAUGAAAGAGGGAACUAUAACGAAGCUCUGGAACAUUUCAGUCAGGCCUCUGAGGCAGCGAAAGCUUUGAACAAUUUGCCCUUGGUGGCUGAAACAGAGAGUUACUGUGGCAUUGCCAAGGCUCAUCAGCUGAUGGUGCCGUUCAACAGCCACGUAGCAGCAGCAGCCGAUCCGCUCAGCCUGCAGUGCCUGCUGGCAUGGAAGCAAAACAGAAGUGACAUGUGCACUGACCCUCUUCCAGGCGAAGCUAUAACUAAGGGAAGAGAGUACAAAAAGCAUCAAUCUUCAACUAGAUCAAAUGAUCAAUAAAACCCACUCAAAUUGCAACCAGCAAACAUUCUGCUCAAGGAGACUCUGCUUCAGAAAAAUGACUUCAUCACAGCUGAACAGAAAGUGUAUCCUGUGGAAAUAGUUAUGGCCAGGCAGUGAGCUGAUCUUCCAUACAUUCUUUCACUCCGUGUGAAAUAGAGGUGUGUUUGAUUUUCUUCUACCAAUUUCAGUUGUCUCACUGUGCUCUGAAAUCUCCAGAUUGAUUAAUGGAGCUUCUCUGGAGAAAAAAGAUGUUUCUCUCCCCUACUU